CUCUGCGCGUCGGGCAUGGCGUCGGCGGCGGCAGGAGCAGGAGCAGGAGCGGAGGGGACCGGCACCGGCACCGGCAAUGGCUCCAGCUCCUCCACCGGGACCGGCUCUCCCACUCCCACUACAACUCCCACCGUCUGCCUGAUCGUGCUCGGCAUGGCGGGCUCGGGGAAGACCACAUUCGUGCAGAGGCUGACUGGUCACCUGCACCUCAAGGGGUGUCCUCCAUACCUUAUCAACCUGGAUCCUGCCGUGCAUGAGAUCCCUGUCCCGGCCAAUAUUGAUAUCCGGGACACAGUGAACUACAAGGAAGUGAUGAAGCAAUACGGCCUGGGGCCCAACGGUGGCAUAGUCACCGCACUCAACCUGUUUGCCACACGGUUUGACCAGGUUAUGAAGUUCAUUGAGAAGAGGCAGCAAGACUGUCGGUACGUUCUGAUAGACACCCCUGGACAGAUUGAAGUGUUCACCUGGUCGGCGUCAGGAACCAUCAUCACAGAGGCCUUGGCCUCCACGUUUGCCACUGUCAUUGUGUACGUGAUGGACACGUCACGAAGCACCAACCCCGUCACCUUCAUGUCCAACAUGUACGCCUGCAGCAUCCUGUACAAGACCAGGCUGCCGUUCAUUGUGGUCAUGAACAAGGUUGACAUUGUGAGCCACACGUUUGCCGUGGAGUGGAUGACGGAUUUUGAAUCGUUCCAGGAUGCGCUGAACCAGGAGACGAGCUUUGCCAGUAACCUGACCCGCUCCAUGAGCCUGGUGCUGGACGAGUUCUACAGCACCCUGCGGGUGGUGGGGGUAUCGGCGGUGGAGGGGACGGGGAUGGACGACUUCCUCGGACACGUGGCUGAGGCAGUCGUGGAGUACGACCUUGAGUACCGCCCCUACUACCUGAAGAUGAAGCAGCACCUGGCUGAUAAGGAGAUGAGGAAUCGUGAGGAGCAGUUGGAGAGACUGCGGAGAGACAUGGGGGACGUGUCCAUGGACUCGGACCAUCAGUCUCCUUCCGCGGACAGGGAGGGUGAGGUUGAGGCCGGCCCGUCGGGGCUGAUCCUGAGCCGUGGAGCCGGCGAUGAGCUGCAGGAGGAAGUGGAUUCCGAUACGGACGACCUGGACCAUCAAAAGGCGGAGGAGCAGAGAGAGGAGCCUGCCUUUCAAAGAUACCUGCAGCAGAGAAGGCAUGAGAACCAGCUCGCCACGAAAGAGUGAUCGUGGAGGGGGGCGGGGGCUUGGACACCUGAUGGGGGUGGUCCCCUCCUCCCACACGCACAUGACCUGCUAUAGUUUAACACAUCAUGGAUCUCUGUAUUUAUUGAAUAAAGACUGCGUGAUAUUC